ACAGUGGAUUCACUUGACUGUCCACUAGAGGGCGCUGUCACACCACAAGCAUGUAGGAGUAUGAAGACACUCAGGCUCUCAGUGUCUCUUACUGUUUUUCUGUCUCUCUCUGCUUGUCGUGUCUGAGAUGCUUUGUAAAUAAAAGAGCGCCUCAGGUAAUGUGCGCUCACUGACACACACAGUGCUCACAGUACCGGCGGUGCCUUUUUAAAAGCUACCGUCUGCUUCUACUUCCGCACUGAAGGUGGAGACUGUCGGUGGGAUAGUCCAGCAGCUGUGUUACGUUUGGGGAAGUUGCACAAUAUCGGAAAUACACAUUUUACAGAACAGUGAGCAAAGUUUGUCACUGUUUCUUCCUUCAUGGGGUGAAGUCAGUGAAAGGAUACUACACGUGUAAGUUGCGCAUAAUGUCGGCGUGAACACCCGAUAGACCCCCGAAGUCAGGUUAGUGGACAGGUACUCCUCGGAGAAUGAAUAACUCGGUAACUUCCGCUACUUACAUCCGCAACCUCAGCUACAGUUUACUUCGCAAGGUGUCCGAUUUCCUGGACCCUCAGGACAGGUGGAGGGACGUCAUGGUGUCCAUACGGAAGCCGAACGGGGACUCCAGGUACUCUCAGCAUCAUGUGAGGAGGUUCGAAGCUCUUGUUGUUCAGGGUAAGAGUCCCACAGUGGAGCUGCUUCGUGACUGGGGGACCACCAACAGCACAGUGGGUGAACUGGUGGACAUUUUGAAGAGUCACAGGCUGCUGGCUGCUGCGUCUGUCCUCCUGCCUGACUCACUGGAAGAGACCGUAUCUGCAGAGCCGCAGCAGGCCUCCCCAACGGUCGAAACGUACAGCGCACAUCCAACGAGACUACUGGAGGAGACGGAGACACAGAUGCCAGCAGACAGCUCUGAGCAGACACAGAUUCUACAGGAGAGCAGUGAACUAGGUCACACAGGUGGUUGUCCCAGUUUUUUCUACAACGAGCUCAUGAAGAUCACAGGAAACUUUGACGACCGCCCCGUGUCAGACGGCGGCAGCAGGCUCGGAGAGGGAGGCUUCGGCACCGUAUACAAAGGUCUCCUGAACGACAGACCUGUUGCAGUGAAAAAGCUCACACCAAUGGAUGACGUCUCCCCGGACGAGCUGCGAGUUCAGUUCGACCAAGAGAUCCAGACUCUGAAAGUGUUGAAACACGAGAACUUGGUCGACAUGGUUGGAUUUUCCUGUGAUGGACAGCACCCAUGUUUGGUGUACCCCUUAAUGGUUAAUGGUUCUCUGCUGGACCGACUAGCUUGUUUGGGAAGUCCCCCACUGUCCUGGCGACAGAGAUGCCUGAUAGCUGAAGGCACAGCGAGAGGCUUGGAGUAUCUGCACAGCAACCAUCAUGUCCACAGGGAUGUUAAAAGUGCGAAUAUCCUGUUGGAUGAAACAUUUGUGGCAAAGGUCUCAGACUUCGGGCUGACGAGAGCGUCGUCCAAGCGGACGUCAACAACCAUGAUGACAGAGAGGAUCGUGGGCACCCGUGCGUACAUGGCACCCGAAGCGCUGAGAGGAGAGAUCACACCAAAAUCUGACGUCUUCAGCUUUGGAGUGGUGUUGUUGGAAAUAUUGUCUGGACUCCCGCCAGCCGAUGAAAACCGUGAGCCACAGCUCCUGAUGGAGGUAUGGUAUGACAUAGAUGAUGAAGACGAGGACCUGACUCUCGAGGACUUCCUGGACAAAAAGAUGGGAGACUGGGAGCUGAGCCAGGUGGAGAGCGUCUACUCCCUGGCCUGCAGCUGUCUCCACGAGAGGAAAAACAGACGGCCAUUCAUCAAACAGGUCGUGUUGGAGCUUAAAGGAGUGGUCAAGAGCAUUUCACUGGCGCAGGAGUGAAUCACAGCAUCCCUGAGAUGAUGCAAGAGUUCCAAGCCGGCCCCAGUCACGCCCUGACACUGACGAUGUACCUGUACUUCCUUCUCAACUGUCAGGAAUAAUGAAUCUUGCUUGACUGUGACUGACAAAGUAUUAUAUGCAAAAUCUUGUAUAUCUGUAAUAAUUUACUGCAAAUAAUUUUUUUUUUUUUUUAGAUCUUUACUGUAUUUUUGUAUGAUGUAGCACUUUUUUUACUUCUGUAACUGUUA